ACACCCUGGUACCGGCGCUCCCAAGUACAGAUGGCACUCACACAUACAGCGCUCGAUAAGCGAUUUUGGAGGAGCGGUGGUACUACGGACAUAAUGAGCGAAACAGAGCCUCUUGAUGAAUCCUUUGUUGACUGUAGUUUACUCGACGGAUCUCUCCUAGAUGAGUCUACAGAAGAAACGGUAACUACAGUAACUGAUGUAACAGAACAGCACUUAACCGUCAAUCACCACCAGUGUCAAAUAUGUGAAAAGGUUUAUAAAGGUAAAGACAGUCUUACCAGACAUAUGAAGAUUCACCAAGAACAUGUAUUUUUUGUUCUAAAUGUACCACGUUCUUUCACAAUGAAACAGCCUUGGCUACACAUAAAAGUCAAAAGCAUGCGGGCAAUUAUUUAUGUGUCCAGUGCGGGAAAUGCUAUUCGUCCAAACAGGUUAUGGAACGCCACGCAGCAACACAUGACGAUUCGUCAAAGGCUAAUCAAUGCCCUGUUUGUGACAAAACAUUUUCCGACAAAAUAAGACUAAAGGCACAUAUGAAUAUGCAUGAAGGAAUAAAGCCAUUCUCUUGUCCGACCUGCAACCGGAAGUAUAGGUGCAAGUAUGAGAAAAAUAGACACCAGCUAAUGAAUUAAUAAGAUAUUAAAAUAUGAGCGUCUUUUGAACCUAACAGACAUUUUAACAAAAUUCUAUGGUGGCUGAUAUAUGCCAUUCCGUCUUUCCGCCAAUUUUGGGCGCCGAUUUAUAACGUAAAUACUUAAAUUGCGCUCCCGCCCUUUUGGAUUCCUUAUAUUUUCUCUAUGGAGAAUCGCAGACCAAAAGUUUAGAUUUAAUAUGUAAAUCGUCGGUGGAGCCGAGCGAAAACUGGCUGAUCAGCGGGCGCCGAGCAAGAAGUUGAGGUUUGAAAGGCAUAAUGGUGGGAUCGCCGAACGAAACGACGAUGAUUAGCCUUCUUAAUUAUUGGCACAGCCCUUUUACAUAUUGAAUCUCGCUCAACGCCC